GCCCGCAGCCCGCCAGCCCGCCCGGCCCUCGACCCAUGUCCCGCCGCAAGGCCGGCUGCACGCCCCGCCGAGUAGAUCCCGCGCCCGCCUCCAACACAGACGACGAGAUGGAGAUGCCGGACCUCGUCAUCGAAUUGAAGCCCGAGCCAGACGCGCGGCCCCUACAGGCCCCGGGGCUGGGGCCCUUCUCCCCGAAGGAAGUGCCCGCGUCGGGGCGGUUCGAGGGCGAACCCCGCCACUCCCCCGGCCCCGCGCCCGCCGGGAGCCCUCUCCACUCCCUGGGCGCGCGGAACCAGUGGGCGCUGUGGACGCCACUGAGCCUCAGCCCUCGUGCAGACCGCCAGCCCUGGACCGACAAACACCCGGAUCUGUUGACCUGCGGCCGUUGCCUGCAGACCUUUCCGUUGGAGGCCAUCACUGCUUUCAUGGACCACAAGAAGGUGGACUGUCAGUUUUUCAAAGAGCCCAGCCCCUGCCAGAACUCAGAGCGCAAGGACCCCAAGGCCUUAAGCUGCUUCCGCUGUGGGAGACAGUUCACAGGGGCCUGGAAGCUGCUGCGCCACGCCCAGUGGGACCACGGACUGUCCAUCUACCAGACGGAGCCCGAGGCCCCCGAGGCCCCGCUGCUGGGCCUGGCGGAGGUGGCCGCCGCCGUGUCGGCGGUCGUGGGGCCCGAAGUGGAGGCCCAGAGCCCGCGGGGGAGCGUCCUCCCCCGGCGGAGCCCCACCUGUCCUGUGUGCGCCAAGACCCUCAGCUCCUUCAGUAACCUCAAGGUGCACAUGCGCUCGCAUACUGGAGAGCGGCCAUAUGCCUGCGACCAGUGUCCCUACACUUGCACCCAGAGCAGCAAGCUCAACCGCCAUAAGAAGACACACCGGCAGCUGCUGCCCCAGAGCCCCUGUAGGGCCGCUGCUGGUGGGGAGCAGGCCUCCGCUGCUGCCCCUCCGGAGCCAGCUGCGCACGCCGCUGCCCCGGCCAGCACCCUCCCGUGCAGCAGCGGGGAAGGUGCUGGGGCUGCAGCCACUGCGGGCGUCCAGGAGCCCGGGGCCCCUGGUGGCGGGGCCAGCUGGGGGCCUGCCCCCAAAGAACAGAGAACCGAGCCUGCCAAGAGCCAGCUGUCCCCCAAGAAGAUGCCCAAGCCACUGGGCAAGAGCCGAGGGCCCGGGGGCAGCUGCGAGUUCUGCGGGAAGCACUUCAGCAAUAGCAGCAACCUGACGGUGCACAGGCGCUCGCACACCGGCGAGCGGCCCUAUGCCUGCGAGCUCUGCUCCUAUGCCUGUGCGCAGAGCAGCAAGCUGAACCGCCACCGCCGCAUGCACGGCCCUGGGCCCGGCAGCACCCGCUUCGAGUGUCCCCACUGCUGCGUACCCUUCGGCCUGCGCGCCACCCUGGACAAACAUCUGCGCCAGAAGCACCCAGGGGUGGGUGGAGAGGCCUGAGCUGUCAGAGUGCCCUCCGUGCUGCUCCCGGGACCACCGGGACCGCCGCUGGGUGCCCUCCCUGGCCUUCCUCUGCUGCAAGUAAAUUCUUCCUCCUGGUUACA